GGGUCGCAGAGUGGCGAUUGACUCGGUUUGCAACUGCGUUAUUCAGUUUGACUACGGGAGGAUAUUAAACUUGUUUUCAUGCGCUAUGUGCCUAGAUGCUACUAAUCAUUUCUAAAUUGAACCGUAUAAAAUAUACCAUUAUUACUAAAUAAAUUUCAUUUACAUGGCAUCUAAACUUUUGUCUGAAGAGUUUGCAAAUUUGGACGAGAAAGCAAUGAAAUCCGAACUUUCUUCAACCUGCAUAUGCAAGAAACAAUGUAACAAUUGUAAAAUCUUCCUGAUUUUCUUCGUAUUGUCCCUUUCUUUGCAUUUGAUCACGCUUUCCUGCUAUUUGGAUCUCCGGUAUGAAGUCAAACGCGAGAUUUUACAAAAAAACAGAAAUGAAGGUUUAACACCGGGUUCAGCUGUGGUAGAUGAACCGUUUCCCCCGGAAUUCCAGAGAGUGGACGUCGGCUACACUACAGCGGACAAACAGGGUCGUUCGGCUACAAAGACUGAGGAUUGCAGAAGCCAAAGUGAAGAAGAGGAAACAGUUAUUCAUCGAACCAAAAGGAGCAGAAGUAAGCUGCCCGAUUCAGAAUCAAAUGGAAAAAGAAAAGAAAAGAAAAAAGGCAGGAAAGGGCAGCCUGGUGCCCCCGGGCCUCCGGGGCCUCAGGGACCUCAAGGGCCCCCUGGAAUCCCUGGUAUACCUGGGAUCCCAGGCAGCAAUGCCAUGGGCCCCUCCGGGCCACCUGGACUCCCAGGACCAACGGGCCCCCCAGGGCCACAGGGCCCCCCAGGCCUACAAGGACCUGCAGGAGGAAUGGAUAAAAGAGCGAGAGAGACUGUGCAGCCUGCUGUGGUACAUUUGCAAGGCCAGGAAACUACUAUCCAGGUCAAGGAAGAAGGGAUCCUCAGAAACUGGAAAAUGAUUUCCAUUCAUCACAAGGUGUUCAAGAUGCACUCGAGGUCUGGCGAGCUGGAGGUGCUGCUUGACGGGAUGUACUUCAUCUAUAGUCAGGUAGAAGUCUACUUCCUGAACUUCACCGACAUCGCUAGCUAUGAAGUCAUGGUGGACAAGACCCCCUUCCUGCGCUGCACACGCAGCAUCGAGGCAGGCCAGCGUAAGUUCAACACCUGCUACACCGCCGGCGUCUGCCUGCUACGCGCUCGCCAGAGGAUCGCCAUUAAGAUGGUAUAUGAGGACACCUCCAUUAGCAUGAGCAACCACACCACCUUCCUGGGGAGCAUCCGACUAGGAGAGGCCCCGCCAGCCAGCCACUCCUGAACACCACCACCUGCCCCACCCCUCAAACAGCUGACACCCUUUACCCGCAGUGCUGCCACGUCAUCCCACCAUAACACUGACAUUUCUCCCCGCAAUAGAAAACGAAAAUCCAGUGGGGGAUUUUAUCUUUGGUCCAUAUCGCCUGCCGCUUCUGCUCGAUCGCUGACUAUUCUUACCCUGUCCUGUGUUAAUAGGGCUGAAUGGACACAGAAUUCCUGUGCUACUCAAACUUACUAUCAAAGAGGAAAAUGGUAACCUUCCAGGCACAGCAGAGGUGCAUAAGCCUUAUACACAAUUUGUUUAAUGAAACGUUCUUUUGUUUUAUAAAUAUUAUUUGAAAACAUUUUUGUUCUGGAGAAGAACAACAAACAGCCGCUUUCUUAAUUCAUAAGAAAACUGAUCUUGCAUAUUGUCUAAUUUAAACUAUUUUAAACGUUUUGAAAAUUAUAAACCUGCUAUAAUCUACUGGUGAAGAAGAGGCGAUGGCAGCUUUCGAAGAUGUGCAGUGUAUACAUUUACAUUGGCAUGUAUUAAAAUGUGCAUGCAUGCGCGCACACGCACACACACACAAAGAACGCUAAUUUGAAAAUUUCACUGGGCCAGAAUAUUAAACAAUGCACUGCCCUUUUGUUGGUAUUAAAUAUUGUUACCCCUUAUAACAAUUCAUAGACUGCAAAGGAUUGAAAUUAUUUUCCUGCUCUAUUAACUUAAGUUAAAUUUAGAAAGUCAUCAUAAAAUAUCUCCAAAUUCUCUGGAAAAAUUUGUGGAAAAUUGUAAAAAGCCAGCUUUUAAUAGCAUAAUUACAGCAUUCUGAUACAGUCUCAAUUGUACAUUACGUCUUGUAUUAUUUUAGCUUAACCUCUGACUUCUGCGAAUACAUAAUGAACAUCCAUGGUUACGGAAUUUGUGUAUAAGACUAUGACUUACAGUACUUUUGUUAAGAUGGGAAAUUUUCAGAAAAUUAAAGAUACAAUAUUGCACUAGACCCGGGUUCGAGUCUCCGCCUGGAUCACAUGUUUGUGGAGUUUGCAUGUUCUCCCCAUGUCGUUGUGGGGUUUCCUCCGGGUACUCCGGUUUCCCCCCACAAUCCAAAGACAUGCUGAGGCUAAUUGGAGUUGCUAAAUUGCCUGUAGGUGUGCAUGUGUGAGUGAAUGGUGUGUGAGUGUGCCCUGCGAUGGGCUGGCCCCCCAUCCUAGGUUGUUCCCUGCCUCGUGCCCAUUGCUUCCGGGAUAGGCUCCGGAACCCCUGCGACCCAGUAGUAUAAGCGGUUUGGAAAAUGGAUGGAUGGAAUAUUGCACUGUUUAUACACCCAAGACCCAAAAGGCUAUGUUCACAUUACAAGCCUCAUUGUCGAAUUCCGAUUUUUUGUUUAGAUUGGAUUUGCCUGUCUUGAUGGUUCACAAUCAUAAUCACAAGUGACCUGUAUCUAUCUCUUAUGUGAAGGCAUCUGUCUGCUGAAGUGGUUCACUGACGUACACUGGUAUGUCACCAACAAAAAGAAAAUGCUUUGUGCACGUAUACAGGCUUCGCAUCAGCUUGUUAAUGCAAACAUAGCCUAAGACUGCCUAUCUACGUGGAGUAAAUAAUGUUGACUAUCUAGUGAAAAUGGUGUGUGUCAAGGUCUGGGAUAUAUUAGAUUGUAAGCUAACAUUCAGGACAAGAAAAGGUAAAAAUGUGAGUGACUUUGAUGGGCUACAUCAUUAUGGCAAGAUGGCUGGUUCAGAGCAUUUCCGAAACGGCAAGGCUUGUGUGGUGCUCACGGUCAGCCGUGGUGAGAACCUACUGAGAGGGAUCUGAGGAGGGGAAAACCACGAAUCGCUAACAGGGUGUUGGGCCGCCAAGAUUGAUCAAUGCCAGAUGUAAAUGAGGGUCGUCCCGUGUGGCACAAAGCGGCAUAAGAGCUACUGUGGCAGAAAUGGCAGAUAAUUUUGAUGAGGAUCCCUGGAGUAACGUGUCAGAUCACACAGCACAUGGAGUCUUUCUGUCCCUGGGACCAUGCAGCCGUGCGUCGGCCUUGUAGGUCCAAUGCAUCCAAAGGCCAGUUACAAUCCCUGUGUGCCCAUUGUAGGCGCUUCUGAGGGUGGACAGUGGUCAGCAGGGCCAAGAUGCCCUUAGUGCUCUGACACUUUACUCCUGAGACCAGCAUGAAAAUUAUCGGCCAUUUGUGCCACACCAGCCAUCUUUGUUAGUUUUACUAUACUAGCUUUCUUUCACAGCCCGCAUUGAUGAGCUGCUCAAAACCCUGUUGAUGGUUCGUGGUUUUGCCCUCCUCAGACCACUGUGAGCAGAUGCUCACUACGGCUGCUGCUUGCGGUUGCCUUGUGAGGUGCAGGUGCUCACUAUGGCCGCUGCUUGCGGUUGCCUUGUGAGGUGCAGGUGCUCACUAUGGCCGCUGCUUGCGGUUGCCUUGUGAGGUGCAGGUGCUCACUAUGGCCGCUGCUUGCGGUUGCCUUGUGAGGUGCAGGUGCUCACUAUGGCCGCUGCUUGCGGUUGCCUUGUGAGGUGCAGGUGCUCACUAUGGCUGCUGCUUGUGGUUGCCUUGUGAGGUCCCCACAAGCCGUACUGUUUUGGAGAUGCUCUGAUCUAGUCAUCAGGCCAUAAUGAUUUGGCCCUUGUCAUUAUCACUGGCCAUGUGUUCUGCAUUCAACAUGUCAACUACCAGUACUGAAUGUUAGCUUGUUAAUGUAUCCCAGACCUUGAUAUGCACUGAUUGUUCUAGAUAGUCAACAUUAUUCACAUCUUGUGGGAAUGGUCAUAAUGUUUUAGCUUAUUGCUCUAUGUGUACAUGUGUAUAUGAAUGAAUAUGAAGACACCCCACUGUUUAUCAACAGGUAACUUUAUUGUUUUAAUGCAACAGCAAAAUACAGGUUUAUAAUUAAGUGUCCUUGUCAAAAGUUCAGCAUAUUUCACAAAAUGUGAUGUAAAGGAAUUAAAUAAUGAAUCUUACUUGAACUAUUCUCUUUUGUUCUUUAACAAACUGCUAGUACGACUAAAUUGAACCAUAAGCAUAAGAUUGAUUUUUUUUUUUUUUUGCCAAUCAGACCCUCAAACCAAACCGAUGUCGUGGUCAGUUCUGGUUUCACAGAACAAUAAUGUGGCAAUAAUGACAUCAUCCUUAUCAUAAGGAUGAUGGAUUCAAAGGUAAUUUCACUCAAAUGGGUUUAGGAAUUUUACUUUCAAGCUGUAUAACCUUUUGUAUGUCUUAAAAGUUUAACAAUAUUUUUGUUGUUGUCUGGAGUUGUAAUAUCAAUGACAUGCGUUUGUUUUAUUUAUAAUUGGCAACUUAACACGAACAGCAUACCCACACCUAAACUAUGCUGUUCCAUUCUUAAGCAGUAUUUUCUGAAACAUAAAUUCAUGCUACUUUUUGGGACAAUAUACAAUGUAAGGUUUCAGUGCCGUGGUCAUUACUGGACAGUUUUCUUUGUGAUAUUUACAGUCCCUUAAAGGUUCAUUGUAGCUGCCACUUCACUUGAAUUAUGGAGUGAAUCAUCCAGAAUGUCAUGUACAUUUUUAUAAUACUGUGAUUGUA